UUCUAUCCACAAGUCACAACCACGCAGCCUUCCGCCUUCUAUAUCGACGGAACACGGAACUCGCCAAGGAGCUAAGGAAGAAGCAAUUAGUAACGACGCUUGGCCGCCUGCUCCCCCUGCCCCUUCUCGCUCUUCUCGAACUCUCAGUCCAGCCCGAACACUCCAAGGCUUCACGAGUUCAGGACCGCCCCUUACUCCAAGAACCAUACAAUUGAUCUAGACGAGCAGGCUAUGAGGAAUUCAACUGAUAAACAGAUGCUCUUGUAUGAGGGGAAUCAAGAGAGACCAAGGAUAGCUGUAAAAGAUUAUCUGAGCGAUCAUAUAAAGAAAAAGUACCAAAAGCUAGAGCGUAUUGGCAUUAUUGGGACAGGACGUGUUAAUCGGCUAGACUGGUCGGACGAUGAAAUCAAGACUCUCGAGUUUCUUGACCCGUCGAUCUAUAGACAUCUAGAAGAAGGGGAUAAAAUUGUUGUUUUAAACUUGGCAAUGUCUGCACUAACUGAUGUAGUGAGUGCUACUUCUGUAGGAGCAAUUCUAUCAAUAGCUUGGCAAUUGGCUUCAUGUGAAGAUGAAAAUAGGCUUAUCUUCUCUGAUUCAAAGAUGAUGGUUUGCACCCCAAAGCCAAUGCAUUUCUUGGAGACUCGAGUGAUUAGAGAAGCUACCCAUCGUAAACCAUUCGAUAUGCCUCCUCAUCUGACACAUAAGGAUAUCGAAAAGUGCUGUGCAUAUAUGUGCACUGCUUUGCUGAGGUUAGCUGUCAAGGAUGAAGACAAUCUUGUACAAGCAUGGGAUUAUAUCUGUGACCAAUACAGAAACUUUUAUCGAGAUGAAAUUGCAUUUCGUAUUACACCCGAUCGAGAAUGCAUUGCUGGCAUAAGGAAUCUGUUGCAGACAAGAACUCUUCUCAGAAAUACUAUAGGAGUAUUUUUGUUAGCUUUUCAAGAGUUGGAAGGCAAUGACAAAAAACUGUGCAAAAUGCUGUAUGAGCUACCGAUGUGUUAUGUCGGUAUGCAUGCUUAUAGUCUGUUCCUGGAUUGCUCCGCCAGAUUAAAUGCACCCAUCAGUGAGUUUGCUGCUUUGCUUAAGCAUCCUAGUACAAGUAAAUCAUUGGAUACUGUGACUUAUAUACUUACCCAUUAUGAGUUCCCUAGUGAAGAGAAUAAAGAGAUGGCAGAAAAAGCAAAGACUUGGAGGUAUGCUCGUCUUUUCAACAGUGAUAUGUUUGCAGAUAUUCAAACAAAGAAUUGUGGUAUGCUAGCAGGAGUUCUUGCAAUGGUGUCCCACAAGAUUGGCGGAGGAGGAUUUGGAGAUGUAACAAAAAUAAGGCAAAUUUCUGGGCUUAUAACUCAACAAAGAAAGUGGUUUGAGUUCGUUGCUGAUAAUGUAAUUGAACAUUGCAACGCUGCUGGAUGGGCUAAGGGGAGAACUAGAUAAGUACUUGUGAAGUCUUAAGCUCAAGUAUUCUUCAUUUUGAAACUUAUUUAUGCGUAUUAUUUAAUUAAAUAAAUAAUAAAUAUUCUAUGGGGAAGAUUAAGUACUCAUCUAUUUUAUUUUAACAAACACAUUUACUUAUCCAAACGGAUUGUGGCAUAAUUGAUUAAGAAUAAAAUGGUUCUUAUGUCUUUGCCCUUAGAAUACUGUUAAUGCUUAGUAAAUAUUGUAAUGUUGAUUUCG